CGCAUCGUUGACUUUUUAUUCAAUGGGGCUACAGCGUCGAAACACAUAGCGGCAUUGGACAUACUGACUUCAGUCCGGGUAUAGAGCCUCGUUGGCGCGGUUCUCAUUGCGCAGCGUCGUCCCCAAGACGCCAUACAACCGAGCAAUGCCGAGCGCAUCCAGGGGCUCUGCGAACGGCCAUGAUGGCGAAACAGCGAAAACAACCAUCGCUUUCGAAGCCGGCGACCCCGAAAACCCCUACAACUGGUCGCGCGCAAAGAAACUCUGGAUCGUCUUCCUAGGCACCAUCACCACCCUCAACUCCACCGUCGCUUCCGCCCUCCCCAGCGGCGACUCCGAUCAACUGCAACGACACUUCCACGUCACUGUCGAUGCGCAACUCGUGCUGCCUAAUUCCACCUUUCUCAUCGGCUAUGUCCUUGGGCCGUUUUUGUUUGCGCCGCUGAGCGAACAACAUGGGCGCAGAUAUAUUAUCUUGUUGACGUAUUCUGCUUUUACUAUUUUCAUGAUGGCUACCGCAUUGGCGCCGAAUUGGACGGCGUUUCUUUUUUUCCGAAUGCUGGCGGGGUUGUUUGCUAGUACGCCGAUUAGCAAUACUGGAGGGCUCUAUGCGGACGUGUACGGCGAUCCAGUUUAUCGAGGCCGAGCGAUGGCUUGGUACCUCGCCGUUGCUGGCGCUGGACCGUGCCUGGGCCCCAUACCGUCAGGCUACCUCGAGCAAUUCGGCUGGCGCUGGACCUUCUGGUUCGGCCUGAUCCUCGCGGGAUCCUGUUUGGUACCUCUCUUCUUUCUCCCAGAAACGUAUGGGCCGGCCAUCCUCAUGCGAAAAGCCAAGAGAAUGCGCAAGCAGAAUCCCGGCUCCAACGUUUAUGCUCCACUUGAACUGCAGCACCUCGGCGCACAGCAAUUCAUUUCAAAGGUCCUUGGACGUCCGUUGCGCAUGCUUGUCGCCGAGCCCAUCGUCUCUGCGACCUGCUUGUAUCUGUCGUUGAUUUACGCCGUCAUUUUCAUGCUCUUUCAGGCUUACCCCAUUGUUUUCUCCAUCUACAACUUCACCCCCGGCGAGGUGGGCCUGGCUUUCCUUCCGAUCGUCGUCGGCUCAUUCCUAGCCCUUGUUCCCGUCAUCUACUGGGACUACUACCUUCGCUCCGCGAAGCAAAAGAACAAACCCUGGUCGUCGAAAGAGGAAUACCAACGCCUUCCCCUCGGCGUUCUAGGCGGACCGCUCUUCUCCAUUGGCAUGUUCUGGAUAGGCUGGGGCACAAAGCAAGACCACUGGAUCGUGCCCAUGCUCGGCGGCAUCCCGCUCGGCUUCGGCUUCGUCCUCAUCUUCAUCGCCCUCUUCAACUACCUCGUCGACAGCUACAAAAUCUACUCCGCGAGCGCGCUGGGCGCGACGAGUAUUUCGCGAAGCACGUUUGGCGUUGUUUUGCCGUUUGCGGCCAAGCCGAUGUUCAGGACUCUGGGUGUUGCUUGGGCCGCUAGUUUGUUGGGCUUUUUGUCGUUGGUGAUGUGUUUGAUCCCGCCGCUCUUUAUUCGGUUUGGCGAGGGAUUAAGAGGUAGAAGUCCUAUCUGCCAGGAAUUGGCAAAGGGCAGUGGAGCGAAGCAGCCGGAGAAGGAGGCGGCGGACGAAGAGAUGAAUUCUCGAGAGAUGACUGAUGAAGAGAAAAGCGACGAGGGGAAGAAUGAAGAGGACAAGAGCUAGAGCUAGAUGCGAGCACAUU